AUGGAUGCAGUCCUCGUUACCUUUCUUACAUUUCUAACGCUUGUCAAUGGUCAACUCAAUUGUUCACUCUACAAUCCAUGCGGUCACCGUGGUUCUUGUCGGGAUAAUGCAGCUGGUAAAUGGACAUGUGAAUCUGCUAUCCAUCUUCAUUCGAUUUUUACAUUAACGUGUGGUACACUUUAUGCAUGGCUUGACUAUUCACUGACCAUUGUCAAUCAAGGUAUGUGUAAAUUCGAUUACUAUCCGAUUGCUAAUACCUAUAAAGAUGCGUCCAAUGGCAGUAGUCUGAUCUAUAUGCUGAAAUACUAUGGUACUGGUUCAUCGCUAAUUGCUAUUCAAUUAUGUACUGAUAUUCCACGCUACUUAUGUUUGGCCUAUGUAAGCGUGAAAUUACCUGUAAUGCUCAUCGGAAAACUCUAUCGUCGAUUAAAAAGAAAAAGAUUAUCGAAAGAAGAACAAUUUCGAAUCGAAUUAACACAAGAAGAACGUGUACUUCUACGCGCAUCGGAUUCGAAUUCAGCUGAAAUGCUGUACGUUCGAAAUUUAUUUCGUUCGGCCGAUAAACGACCACGUAGUGAUGCACUUAUUGCUCGUCUUAUACCAAAAUUUAUUUAUGAAUGGCGAGAUGAUUUUCAUUUUUCAUCUCGUGUUCUUUGUGUCUAUUCAUCGAUUUGUCUUCUUCUCUUUUUUAUUGCCAUACAUGUAUGUAUUGAAACUAUACCAUAUUUACAUGCAUUUCAAGGUACACUUCAACAGUUUGUUCAGCGCAUAUCGAGUUCAAACAAAGUACAUGACAAUACUAAUGAAGUCAAAGAACAAACAUCGUUAUUUAUCGUGCCACAAUUGGUUCGACCAUUUAUAUUAGCAGUAGCAACAACUGCAAUAAUCAUCAUCAUACAUUUGUUAGCAUUACUUGUUAAUAUUCGUCGAAAUCUCUUUCAAUCAUUUCGUGGUGAUUGUUGUGAAAUACCACGACGGCAACGGUCAAAAUAUGUUUCCUAUGCAACGGAUUAUUCGCCAUUAGGACGUCAAUUGGAAUCAUUUGAUGCUGGUUUCAAAGCCUAUUGCGGUUUUAUUCAUACGGAAUGUGCUCAUCGACAUCCAGUCAUGUUAGUCUUUGCUUCGCAUCUUCUUUCUCAAGUGAAACUUAAACAAGCUGUGGGUUAA